AUAAUAUUUACCAUGAGCAGUAUAUAAGUUGGAGAAUCACGUAUAAUUUUUAAAGUUUUCUGUUACGUGCCAUUAAGUUUGAAACAAAAAAGAAAUAGUAAACUUCGUCUGAUUAUUCCUGUGUAUUAAAUAUACGAAUAAGUUUGACAUCAAGGCGACAUUUAAAUAUCAAUUGGAAAAAGUUACAAGACAUUGUUUAUCAAUCAUGAUAAGACUGGCAAUAAUCUGCUUUCUAAUUUCCAUGAUCGAAAGCAAAGAUUUUAACUUUGGUAUUGAUCAGUUAAAUAAAUUAGCACUAGAUUUCGAGGAUUCGAAAUUUCGAAUGGAUGAAGCAACUCGAGGUCAAAGUGGAAAUGCGGCAAUUGUCAUAGGCAAUGGAAGAGGGGGCAAAAGUACACUAAUUAAUUACUUAAUGGGAAAUGAAUUGGUAGCUUACAGGCUUCAUAAUUAUGAUAGCAUUAAAAUAAAAAAAGCUAACGAAAGUAUCCAAGGACCAGAAAUUGGUGCUGGACCACUGUCAACGACUACAAUUCCCUUAAAAUGGAAGUCAACAAGGCCAGAAUUACAGAAUUUGGACUUAUGGGAUGCUGCUGGAUUUUCGGAUAAUAGAGGUGUAGAGCAAGAUUUAAACAAUUCCUUUAAUCUGUAUCAUUUGACAAAAAAAUUAGAUUCUCUGAAAUUUAUUUUAAUUAUCGGCUUUGACGACAUUCAUAAUACAAAUAUUCAACAUAUUUUGAAACUUUUAAGAACCUUAGAAAAAUAUUUUUAUUACAAUUUUGAAGAUAUGUUUCAAAGUAUAUCAGUAAUUAUCUCAAUAGCACCUCAUCAGAGUGAUAAUGGAUUUCCAGUCAAUUAUGAUUAUCUAAAUUAUAAAUUAAAUAGCAGUUUAUUAUCAAGUCCAGAAUUGGAUAUAUCCGAAGUUUCAAAAGACUUUGUACGGUAUAUAAUAAAUAAUAGACAACAAGUAGCAUUCUUCAGGAAAGCGGAGAAAUUAGGGAAAGUUCAUUCUGACAUCGAUGACAAUAUUAUUCCAGCUAUUAAUAAUAGCAAGAGCAUAAGCUACUCAUUUCACCAGAAUGUAGGUUUUCCAAUUUCAGAGUACUCUAAAAAUUGCCUACUACACGCCAUUGAUGACAUGCUGAUCCUAAGUGAAUUUGACACAUUACAGAAACAAUUUGAAAACUUGUUCAUUGAACAGUUUGAUGCUUUGAAUAAAUUGGAAGAUACAAAUACAUUAAGAGCAAAUAAAGACAAUUUAGAAAAAAUCUACAAUCGUAUUGAUAUUUUGGCAUGGGAUAAUUUGGAUGCAAAGGUUAAAAUGCAAAUUCUGAGUGUUAAUUUUGAUACUGCUAUAAACUUCACUGAGGAUGAAUUACUUAAGAAAAUUAACAUAGCUGAAUUUAUUGAUAGUUUACUUACGACUGACAAUAUGGAAAGAAUUCAUAUUGCAUUAGAUGCAAUUAUUAAUUCAGUAUAUUACAGAAUAGCACAACUGAUUUCAUUAUGUGAACUGAAGGUUAACCAAAUAUCAUUAACAGACUAUAAAGAAAAAAUGAGCAAAGAUAAUGCGAUGCUUGCCAAGGAAAAAAAAGAUUUGCAGGAUAGAAUACAAAAGCUGCAGAAAGAACCAAAUCAAGAAUGCUUAUUGGACAAAUUUGUACGGAAUGUUAAAGAAACUUAUACGGUCAUAGUUGAUGAAAUUGGGUAAUUGUAAUUUAAAAAAGAUGGUGUCGUCUACUGUAUCUAAACAAACAAGUAUUUAAAAAAACAAUCAUUAUAUAUUAUUACAAUACCCAAUUUCCAUAAUAUCUUCUCUUGAAAAUUUUCAGUAAAAUUUUAAAGAAUAAUAGCUUUUUUCGACAAAUUCAUUAUCAUAAUUUCAGUGAUUGAAGCAAAUAUAAUUUAAUUGACUAAAAGAUUAUUUGAUAUAAAUAUUUAUUUGAUAAUACACAAGUAAUCGGAUAUUUGAAUGAAAUAUAUUUUUUUCAGUGUAGU